AUGGACAUGAACUAUGACAAUGUUGACCAAUGCCCAUCAAAAGACAUUCAUUUUCUUGAUGGUGAGAAUGGUGAGGACGUUGUAGUUAUUGAACAGGCCGAUGCCGCUACUUGGUGUGAUGCCUAUCAAGAGAAAUUCAUGCUCUUGAUGGAGGAAGAGGUUAGAAAAGGAAAUCGUACAAGCACAACUUUUAAUCCAAUUGGGUGGACACAUAUUGUGGAUGCAAUGUUGGUGGAAAUUGGAAAGAAGUACACGAAGGACCAGUGUAAACAAAAAUUCAAUACAAUCAGAGCACUGUACAAAGAUUGCAAACAAAUAUUAUCCGAGACUAGUGUAGGGUACAACAGUGAAACUGGGAUGAUUGAGUUGGAAGCUGAAAGAUGGGGUCGAUUGUGCAAGCAUGUUCAUCCUUCUACAAAAUCACCCAAACCUCACCAAGUGCAAAUAAUGUCUCAAGUGGCAACACAUGAAGCUGCAAUUCAGGGCAUGACUGAUGUAGAACGACCUACUGUAGAAGGACCUAUUGACCUCAGUCCUACUCCCAUUCCUGUAGCUAAGAAACCUAGGAAAGAAAGUUUUGCCUCCACAAUGUCUCAAGUGAUGGCAUAUUUGACUAAUAUUGGGAAUGCGAAAGCUGAUAAAAUUGCUAAAACCAUAGCUGAAUCAUCUUCUAGUUGUCAACCAUCUUGUGUUAAUGAAAUGCCUGAAGUGACAUCUCCCAGUAAAAAAGAAAAAGAAAAAGAAAUGGAUCCGCAGCUUGAGGAGUGCCUUGGGAUCGUUAACACAUUAGUGGGGAUUGAUGAUACCCAUUAUGCUAAGAUCAUAAGGAUGUUUGGUGAAAACAAGGUAUGGAGGGACAUAUUUUUUCGCAUUCCUGGUGAGAGGAAAGUUGGGAUAGUAGAUAUGGAUAUAAGGACAAUAUUAACCAUGUAUGAUGAUGAUGAUGAGGAGGAAAUUCUUGUAUUGAUCGCAGCCAUAAAGAACAAUCCAAAGUUUUACCUAUACUUUAAGAAUUGUGUAGGAGCCAUAGAUGGUACUCAUAUCCAUGCUGUAGUGCCAGUUGGACAACAAAUACCCUUUCGUGGUAGAAAGGGUGAUACGGCCCAAAAUGUCAUGGCCGUGUGUUCUUUUGAUAUGAAAUUCACAUACAUUCUAGCAGGGUGGGAAGGGUCUGCUAAUGAUUCGAAGAUUUUAAAUGAGUGCAUUCAGAAUGAGGAUUUCAAUUUUCCAUCACUACCCGAAGCUAAGAAAAUUACCUUUCCAUAUUUAUGCAUUUAA